GGUAUCAACACUAGUGGCCGCGCUUGCGCUUCACUCGCCGUGAGCCGCGGCACGUUUGCGCACGCGCCGAAGAAAGUCCCACACCGGAACACUCAUGGCUUUCUAUCAACCGAGACAUUUCGAAUGGAAUUUAUAAAGUUCAUUUCAAUUCUAGAAUAAAACCUCUGCAGUGUUGUACAUGAUCGGUGCUCUUUUUUUUAAAAGUGCUAUCUGUCAAAACUAUUAAUUGAAGUGACAUAGUGUGACGAAAGUGAAUUUUAAAUGUGGAAUGCGAAAUAUCAGUUGUGUUAAAUAGUGACAUUUUUUACGUUAUUGUGACUGAAUUGCUUCGUUUUUUAUGGUUUGGAUGCUGUAAUCUUUGAACAUCACAAUGGAUCCAAGAAACACCGCGAGAGCGCGAGCGCGCAUCACAUCAUGGGCCAAGAACAAUCGUACGUGCACGCCAGCGGCACGCAAGUGAGACGCUACAAGGAGCAGUACGACGAGCCCCUGCACUACCGCAGCUCGCCCGUCGACUACCGAGCCAACGACUACGACAAGGACUACAAGCGGCACAAAGCCCGCAGGAGCGCUGACAGCUUCAAGAGCGACAACUCGUCCACAGAGAGCAGCGGCUACAGGAGCGGCUCCAGCGCCUGCGAGUACCGCUCCGACAGAUCCUCCAAGAGCGACUACUACUGCACCUCACUAUACAAGAACGAACACUACAAAGACGUCAACAAAGAACUCUACAAACCCGUCAAACUUCACAAAGAGAAGCGAUACAAUACGCUACAACUCUUCGACUCCGACAAAGACGAACUGAAGAGCGCACGACUCAAAAGCUACCUUAGCGACACAGAAAAGGCGAAAGCGACGCCUACAAAAAAGCCAGGCAUUAGGAAUUAUACCCCUAAAAUUCUUUCAGAAGAAGAACAAAGAAAGAAAAGCCAGCAUUGGAUUUAAGAGAGCUAAGACUAGUAGGCUAAGUUGUAAAUAUUAGUUUAGCGGUAGAUGAGUUGUAAGGGUAGCCAUGGAGGCGGCAGGAGCGCUGGCCAGCUUGGCACCGUCGCCCAUCACCGUAUUGGGUCUGAUACCACUCCUGGCACUCGGGAUCACGUACUUCAGAUACCAACAAUUCGACCCGGAGUCUUAUAUUACGGAUGUCAAUACUGUGAUGCCGAUCUACGAUUUUGUGAUAGUCGGCGGCGGUUCCGCCGGUGCAGUAGUCGCGUCGCGGCUCUCCGAGAUCGGCAACUGGACUGUGCUGCUCCUGGAGGCCGGCCAAGACGAAACUGAGAUCUCUGACAUCCCCGCGCUGGCAGGCUACACACAGCUUUCCGAAAUGGACUGGCAGUUUCAAACCACGCCCUCUAACAACCGCUCCUACUGCCUGGCCAUGAACGGUGACCGCUGCAACUGGCCCAGAGGCAAGGUACUCGGCGGCUGCAGCGUGCUCAAUGCAAUGGUGUAUGUGAGAGGCAACCGCAACGACUACGACCUCUGGGAAGCGCUCGGUAACCCCGGCUGGUCGUAUGAUCAAGUGUUACCAUAUUUCCUCAAAUCCGAAGACAACCGCAAUCCGUAUCUAGUUAACACACCGUACCACGCCGCCGGCGGAUACCUCACGGUCCAAGAAGCACCAUGGCGCACCCCAUUAUCGGUUACGUUCUUGAAAGGCGGAAUGGAACUUGGUUAUGAAAACCGUGACAUAAACGGAGCGAAACAGACGGGCUUCAUGUUGACCCAAGCGACGAUGCGGCGCGGCAGUCGAUGCAGCACGGCCAAGGCCUUCCUACGACCUGUCAGGCAGAGGAGCAAUUUACACGUAGCCCUAGGUGCUCAAGUUACUAGAAUUCUUAUCAACCCUGUCAAAAAACAAGCAUACGGUGUAGAAUUCUUCCGAAAUGGUCAAAGGCAUAAAGUACGAAUAAAACGAGAAGUCAUUAUGUCUGCUGGAGCUCUCGCGACCCCUAAAAUAAUGAUGUUAAGUGGAGUCGGACCGGCUGACCAUCUUAGAGAACAUGGUAUUCCUUUGGUAGCAAACCUAAAGGUAGGCCAUAACUUGCAGGAUCAUGUUGGACUUGGCGGUUUGACGUUUGUAGUUAACAAGCCUGUGACAUUCAAGAAGGAUCGCUUCCAAACGUUUAACGUCGCUAUGAACUACAUUUUGUACGAGAAGGGACCGAUGACAACACAGGGCGUAGAGGGACUAGCUUUCGUCAACACUAAGUACGCGCCGUCUUCGGGCAACUGGCCUGACAUACAAUUCCACUUCGCUCCUAGUUCAGUGAAUUCCGACGGAGGUGAACAGAUAAGGAAGAUAUUGAACUUGAGGGAUAGAGUGUACAACACUGUUUACAAACCGAUAGAAGACGCUGAGACUUGGACUAUACUUCCACUGCUGUUGAGACCGAAGAGCUCCGGCUGGAUCAAACUGAAAAGCCGUAAUCCAUUUGCUGCACCGUCCAUUGAGCCUAACUAUUUCGCUUACAAGGAAGACAUAAAAGUUUUGAUUGAAGGUAUAAAAAUAGCGAUGGCUUUGUCAAACACGACUGCUUUCCAGAGAUACGGGUCGAGGCCGCACAACAUAGCUAUGCCAGGAUGUCAGCAUCAUGUGCUAUUUAGUGACGAAUACUGGGAGUGCAGCUUGAAGCACUUCACGUUUACUAUUUACCAUCCUACUGGGACGUGUAAGAUGGGUCCCAAGCAGGAUAUAGAUGCUGUGGUAGACCCCAGGCUACGUGUUCACGGCGUAGCUAACUUGAGAGUCGUCGACGCAAGUAUUAUGCCCACGAUCAUUAGUGGGAACCCCAACGCUCCUGUCAUCAUGAUCGCAGAAAAAGCAUCAGACAUGAUUAAAGAGGACUGGCUUGUAUUAUGACAGUGUUAAAGAUAGUGAAUAAAAAUACUCAGUCAUGAACAAAAAUUAUUAUCUAGAAAUACUCGUUAAGUAAAUGUUAUUUUAUUGAAGGUAAUUAUUGCUAUUGUAAGUAAAAACUGUAAAUAUAAUAUUAAGGCUGUAGUGUACGUAAUUAUUUUACUUUUCGAGUCCAUUAGGCGUAUUGUAUUGUAAUAAAAAUUACCAAUCGCUGGUACGGUGUAUACAAUAAAACAUAAAAUAAUU